CUCACUUCCUCACUCCGAGGGGACACAGGGAGGCAGGGAGAGAAGGCAGGAGCUGCCCAUAAAUUGCUCUGGAAAAGGAGAGGGUAGAGACAGAGCUGGAGACAGAGCAGAUGCUUUGACAGAAGCAGAGUUGAGUGGUUUUCUCUCUCCCUCCUGAAUCUCUUUUGUUGGGUCGUUAGAUACAAAUCUGAUGGACAUUGGCAAGGACAACCACCACCACCUCACUGCUAGCCUCUAAUCCCCAGCCUGUUUGCCGGAGCUGGAUCCAGUGUGGAGCUGCUUGUGCGGCAGCUAUCAGCAGGCUAGCGGGGGCUGCAAGGCUCUGUGGCAGCGAGAAGAGGAGGAAAAAAAAAGGAGGAGGGGCUGUGGUGAGCUGGUGGGCUUCCUCUGCUUCACAGACACAUUUUAUUGACUUGCUAAUUGGAUGAGGCACUCGAAGGAGAGGAUGCGGUGACCGAGAAGAGCUGCUCUCCAGAGGAGGAAUACAGGCACAAGGAAGCAUUGCUCAGGCUGCGUAAAUCUGGCUACUUCAUCUUUUAAUUUUUUUUUAUUCUGGAGACAUAACAGAUGUUUUUUUUCAGCAUCUCCCAGUGACCAUCACACCGUGCAUACAUAAUUUUAUGCAUGACAUUGUCGAACGGUGCCUCCAGCUGCCAGACGCUUCGUGACAAGUGAAUGAUUUCCAUUUUGAUUUGUUUGCACCCUGUUCCCUUUCACCUGUUUUUUUUUGGUUUUUGUCUUGGACUUAUCACCUGGAGGUCUUUUUUUUUGUCAGCCUUAUUUGAUGUGCCGUUUGAUAUGAAUGGUAAUCUGAUGGCGAGAUAAAUUCUUCACCAAAUCAAAUGUACAAGGAACUGUGCAAUGGUUAUUCAUCAGGAAAAAUGAAGUCUUGUCUUGGUUGCCAAGACUGAGAUGUGCAGGUCUGGCUAGGUGAGAGUGCAGGUGGUACUGUGCUGAAGUCUGCUAUACCAAUGAGCAAGGCAGGCAACCCACAGAGACGCACCACCUACCUCAUUUCCCUAACUCUGGUGAAGGUUGAAGCUGUGCCAGAGGAUGUAGCAGGGAACCAGAGGGAGGCUCUUCCAGAGGGGGAAGGGAGCCCUAAGAAGGAGGAGGAAGAUGCCCCCAAAAAAGGGGAAGGACUGGUGUGUAUACAAGUGGGAGAAAAAGAAAACACACAGGUGGAAGAAGAAGUGGAACAGGUGCAGCAUGGCAAGUAUGGCAGCCCCACUGAGAACUGGGGAAAGCCUGAAAGUAAGGAAAUUCAUGGACACCCAAAAGACAUUGGAUCAGUUGGUAAAAGCAAAGACACCUUUUUUGUACAUCCACCUGUUAGACAAAUGGUCAAAGUGUAUGGAGGAACUACCACUGAGGGAACUGUGCGCAGAGAGGGUCCUCGCUCAGACGCCAUGCGCCCUAAGACGGAGCUCUACGGAGAGCCCCCCAUGCUCUUCCUAAAGGGUGAAAAUGGAGCAGACCUGAACAGUCGCUCACGUUGCAGCCUCCCCUUUUCCAUCCCGCCACAGGUCACCCAGCGCCCUGAAGUCCUGAUGAGGUCACAUGCAGGAGGCAACUCUGCAUGCUGGAGGGAACUCAGAGAGGCCAAUACAAGCUUGUAUCACUCUGCUAGGACUUUAGAUCGAAGGGAUAACCGUUUUGGGGACCAGUCCCCCUUAAUGGCAGCUACAACUCUGGGGCCUUACAGGGCAUCCUGGGCUGACAGUGACGGGAGGGGCACGCUCAUUCGACCCGGAGCCCCCAUCAGCGGAGGAUUUUCCGGCAUUAUGGCUAGGGACAGCCCUCAAGGGGAGAGAUUUAAGACAGUUUCUGUUUCCUUGCCUGUACCUCCUGUCACCGACGUGUCCAGGCCUCAAAGGAAAGGUACAAGUCGUACCCUGGACAACAGUGACCUACAUUCCCUCUCUGAGGACCUGAAGAAGGGGAAGGAGAGCCAGGGAGGAACAAUCCAGCGCGCUCCUCCCCGUGACAGAAAGAUGCUCAAGUUCAUUAGUGGCAUUUUCACCAAAAGUACGGCGGUGCCAGCCAGCGUCAGCACCGCACCUCCUCUCUAUCCAGCUGUGGAAAGGGGGUCGAGUGAGGAGGAAGCUGCAUGCACCAGCAGUCAAGAAUGGACCAUGAGCCAAACUAUACAAGAGCUUCACCUGGGUGUUUUGGGAGGUCUAUACAGUGGGAAGUCCGCUCUGGUUCACAGGCACUUGACAGGAAGUUACCUGCAGCUGGAAAAUGCUGAGGGUCGCCAAUACAUUAAGGACGUCCUGGUGGAUGGACAGAGCCACGUGUUGAUAAUCAGAGAAGAAACAGAACUCCCGGGUGCUCAGUUUGCAAGUUGGGUGGAUGCAGUUAUCUUGGUCUUCAGUUUGGAAAACGAGGCCAGCUUCCAGGAAGUUUACAGAAUCUACCACCAGCUCGCUACCCACCGGCCCAUUUCUGAGAUACCUUUCAUAGUAGUCGGUACUCAGGAUAAGAUAAGCAGCACCAACCCCAGAGUAAUAGAUGAUGCCAGGGCCAGACAGCUGUGCUCAGACGUGCGGCGCUGCACCUACUAUGAAACCUGUGCAACGUACGGCCUCAAUGUGAACAGAGUCUUCACUGAUGCUGCUCAGAAGAUCAUGGCAGCCAAGAAGCAAGCUGCUCUACUGGCUUCCUGUAAAUCUCUCCCUAACUCUCCCAGUCACUCCGGAGGCUCCACCCCCGUGUCAGGUGUCUUUCCUGGACAGGCCAGUAACGGUGGUCAGAGCAGUGAUUACUCCUCAUCACUUCCCUCCACUCCUGUGAUCAGUCAUAAAGAGAUUGGCAAGACAGUGAGAGGGGAAAAGCAGGAUAGUGCCACGCCUGGGUCCGUCCGCAGUGCCACCCGGAGACGCACCUCCAGAUUUGCGGGUCGGAGGGGCAGUGACUCAAACAGAAGGAGUGCAGAUUGUAUGGGAGAUCUGGGCAGUGGACGCUCCAUUCCCAUCAAACAGGGCAUCUUGUUGAAGCGCAGCGGGAACUCGCUCAACAAAGAAUGGAAGAAGAAGUAUGUCACGCUGUCCAACGAUGGCAUACUGUCCUAUCACUCUAGUGUCAAUGACUACAUGCUAAAUGCUCCUGGGAAGGAGAUGGACCUGCUGCGAGUGACAGUGAAAGUGCCAGGAAAGCGACCGCCUCGUGCUGUACAUGCCAGUGGCCUUCCAGUCGGGCUCAACGGGCGUGCCAAAGAUAUGCCGGGACUUGAGGGUGUCGGCCCAGUCCCUGUAAGCGAUGGGAUGGAAGGGCUGGGUGGUGCGUUGUUCCUGAGGAGCAACAGAGGUGUGCAGCGGUGUCCCUCUACUAUAUCAAACCACGCUCAAAGUGUUGACUCUGCAGUUGAGGGUGUGUCCAGCUCCUCCUCCACCAAAGAUGUAGGCUCCUCCUCCCCGGUCACAGACAGGAAGAAACAUCGCAGAAAGAAAAGCAUGAACCAGAAAGGAGAUGCAACCAUUGGCCAAGCAGAUGCCAAACGCAAACUGUGGAAACUUAAAAGCUUUGGUAGCUUAAGAAACGUAAGCAAGACAGAUGAGGAUAACUUUGACUUCCUCAUUGUGUCGAGUUCCGGCCAAACAUGGCACUUUGAAGCCCAGAGUGUGGAAGAGAGGGACUCCUGGGUCCAAGCCAUUGAGAGCCAGAUCCUGGCCAGCCUGCAGCUCUGUGAAAGCAGCAAAAACAAGGCUCGCAAGAACAGCCAGAGUGAAGCAGUGGUUCUGCAGGCGAUCCGCAAUGCGAAGGGCAACAACUUCUGUGUUGACUGUGAUGCUCCAAAUCCAACCUGGGCCAGUCUGAACCUGGGUGCUCUCAUAUGCAUCGAGUGUUCAGGGAUUCACCGAAACUUGGGGACCCAUCUGUCACGUGUUCGGUCGUUGGACCUUGAUGAUCUGCCACGAGAGCUGACACUGGUUCUUAGUGCCAUUGGCAACCACUUGGUAAACAGUAUAUGGGAGGCGCGCACUCUGGGCCACCGUAAACCAGCACCUGAUGCUACACGUGAGGAGCGGGAGUCGUGGAUCAGGGCCAAAUAUGAGCAGAAACUGUUUGUGGCGCCGUUGCCCCCUCCCACUCCUGGCGAGGGCCCAGACAUCACACUAUCUGGCCGUCUUCUGUUGGCAGUGAUGGAGCACAACCUCCCCAAGCUGCUGCUCCUUUUGGCCCACUGUACUAAGGAGGACAUUAAUGCCCCUCUCGGCCUGGCGCUCUCCUGCAGGUCGUUCUUAGCGCUAAGACUGCCUGGCUCUGCACUGCACGCUGCCUGUCAACAGGCUGAUGUGGUGAUGACGCAGCUUCUUGUUUGGUAUGGCUUUGAUGUCCGGCACCGGGAUGCUCAGGGGCAGACAGCUCUGGUACUGGCUCGCAGUGCUGGCAGCCAAGAGUGUGUCGACAUCUUACUUCAGUACGGAUGCCCAAAUGAACCGACCUCUUCCUUUACCGUUGCCACAACAGUUGGUUUUGCAGCAGCCGCCAUACCCAGCUUCCCUGUUGCCAUGACGCCGAGCCUAACGGUUGCUACGACAGUCAAGAUCUCGCACAAGAGCGGCGGCAGCACCAGCUUGAGUUACAGCACCUCUAGAAGAGCAGUGUCAUAAUCAAAAUGGGAUCAAAUGGGAAUGUGCGUGUGCGUGUGCGUGCGUUGCUUUGCCCUCAUACUGUCCUGUACCUUCACACAGGCCUGCAGGACUGAUGAACAUAUUGCCAGAUGUUGCACUUCCUGAGGUUUUAAAGGGUAUGUGUGUAUGUCAGGGAUGAAAACAAACACUGGUAAUAACAGGCAUGUCUGCCAGAAUGAUUUAACCAAAACUAAAAACAACACAAAUUUUACCUGACUACUCUACGUAAGAUUUAAAAAAAACGUAACAUUACAUCCAGAUGCCUCUGCAUUUGGAUUCAAUAGGAAUGUAUUGCACUGCAUACCAGCUGGUAUGAUUCAUAUUUCAUAAUGCAGUCAAUAUUCAACUUUAUUCUCAGUUAAGAAUGGGAAUUUGCCUUCAGGCUCAAAUUGCUUUUCUGAGCAUAGAGGGGCCAAAAGUAAAGAACUGCAAUAACUAAGAUUUUAUAGACAGACGUUAAUGCUAAUCACAUCCACACUUCUUAACUUUAUUGACAAUGAAUGUCAUAUUUAAAUCCAGAGUGCACAUACUUUGAUCAACACAGCUGGUUGUGCAUAAAUAAUGUUGUGUAAAUUGAACAAAAAAAACUAACUUUACAGAGGCUAAAAAGAGAGGCUGCUUUAAAGAUGAUCAAAAUAACUGUAUAGAAAUGCAUUGAUAAAAAUAUUAAUAUUCUAAAAUGGUAAAAGUGCUUAAUUUUUGAGAUUGUUAUUGUAUUAUUUGUACAGUUGGUUCUGUGUAUAAAACUCAAAGGGUUACUUGUAGCUGUUCAGACGUUUCCUGUACAGCGUCCUGGUUUGGGUUUCCUUUAACAACCCCCUGAUUAACUCUUUGACAUCCAAGACUAAUAUUUCUAUGUUAUGUUUGUAUCACUGUGCGUGACAUGAACACUGUACAUGACGUCUGCAUUAGGACUCCAGCAGUAACUCAUCAUCCAGGCGAGUGUAAUACUAGACGUGUAAAUGCCUUGAUUUUGAUUGAAUGUAUAAGAAAACAGAUUGUUUUGAGUUUUUAUUUUUUAUUUCAAACACUAAUGUGUGUUUUCCAGGAUUAUACAAUUUUGAUGGACUGUCAGGGCAUUUUCAUUUUUAAUUAACUAAUAUUUUUCAUGCUGUGACUAAUAGCGAGUAUAGUUCAGUAGAUUAAAACUGUGGUUCUGAUCUAUUAAACUGGGCCUUUGAAUGACUAUGAUUAUAUUUGUAAGUGGAUGAAAAUCAACAUGAAAUAGAGGAAGGUUGCCCAAUUUAAUAAGUUAAAAAAGGCAUAAAAAGCAACCCUCCUGCAGUACUGUGUGUAUUUUUGUGUUAAUCUAAAGACUACUGAGUAUACAUGUCUGUGAUGUAGGCAUCUCUCUCCAUUUGUAUUUUUUUUACCCUUGCAAUGAUUCAUAGAACAUUCAUUAUCAAUACACUAAGGCUACUGCUCAAAUUGUGUUCUUUUGUACAGA